AUGAAACUUCAAGGAGCUGGACUCCAGGGGCCACGCUCUGCCACGUGCACCCAGCUGGGCCUCUGCAGCGAAGGGAUCUACAAAGGGCACUGCUUCCGGAUCAAUCACUUCCCAGAGGACAAUGACUAUGACCACGACAGCUCGGAGUACCUCCUCCGCAUUGUGCGUGCCUCCAGUGUCUUCCCCAUCCUCAGCACCAUCCUGCUGCUGCUCGGCGGGCUCUGCAUCGGUGCCGGGAGGUUCUACAGCCGCAAGAACAACAUCGUCCUCAGCGCUGGCAUCCUGUUCGUGGCUGCAGGCCUCAGUAACAUCAUAGGCAUCAUCGUCUACAUUUCCAGCAACACGGGCGACCCGAGCGACAAGCGCGACGAGGACAAAAAGAACCACUACAACUACGGCUGGUCUUUCUACUUCGGGGCCCUGUCGUUCAUCGUGGCCGAGACCGUGGGCGUCCUGGCCGUGAACAUUUACAUCGAGAAGAAUAAGGAGCUGAGAUUUAAGACCAAACGGGAGUUCCUCAAGGCUCCCUCCUCGUCCCCCUACGCCAGGAUGCCCAGCUACAGGUACCGGCGACGGCGCUCCCGGUCCAGCUCCAGGUCCACGGAGGCCUCGCCCUCCAGGGACACGUCGCCGGUGGGCCUGAAGAUCGCCGGGGCCAUCCCCAUGGGCGAGCUGUCCAUGUACACGCUGUCCCGGGAGCCGCUCAAGGUGACCACGGCGGCCAGCUACAGCCCGGGCCAGGAGGCCGGCUUCCUGCAGGUGCACGAUUUCUUCCAGCAGGACCUGAAGGAGGGCCUGCACGUCAGCAUGCUGAACCGGCGGACCACCCCCGUGUGAGCGCCCCUGCCUGGCACCAGCCUCUCCCCAGAAUGGCUGCUUGGAUCCCACGUGAGGGCAUUGAACCCUUAAGGCGGACCCGCCGUGGACUAAAGCCAAACCCAACCCUCCUGGUCUCCAGAUGCGUGGCGGGCUGGCGUGGAGCGAAGAGCCAGGACACUGGCAUCCGAAGGGAGAGGCUGACUUGAUCCCCCCAAAGAGGGUGCGUGGACGGAUGCCCUGGGUUCCGGAGUCUCCCGGGGGCUUGAGUGCAGUCCUGAGACUGCCCGGCCUUCGCCCACCUGGGAAAACACAAUCGAGCCAUUCUCUCCUCUUGGAAACAAAUAUUUCCGUAAGAACGAGCUUUCGGGGCCUUCCCUCCCCGCCGGGGCGCUGGGCCACUGGGAGGCCACUGGCUGGUACGUGGGGCCUAGGACGCUGGUCAGCUGCUUGUUAACCUGAGGUUCCUGGGCCUGGGAGCCGGAAAUGUGGAAGCUGAAGCUCUCCCCUUCCUUCUCUCCAUCCGUCUGUCUGUCUGUCUGUCUGUCUGUCUCUCUCUGACAGUGGCCUGUUGUUGACAUGGCUGUGAUCCCGAGGAGAAAGGCCUGCGGCCAAUGGUGCUUUGGCCUCUGUGCUGUCCUGGGGCCGGCGCCCCUCGACCGGAGGAGACCGAGGCCUGGAGGGGAGGGAACCCACAGAGGGGUCCUUCGCUGGCCUGGCGUGAGCUAAAGGCCAGAGUCUGUGGCUGGCUUUCCUGUCUGCUUCUGGAAGUUUCUGCCUCACACAGAAAGGGCAGAACACACUGACUGUGCUUGCGAGGCCGGAAGGUCCCGGGGUGACAGGGGUCACAGGCGGCCCCGUGGCUCCUGCUGGGUCCUCCUGGGGAGCGGACAGGUGGGCCUGCCGCACACGCCGAUUUGGCAUCAGCGUCCCAAACUGCUGGGCAAGAAAGGGAGACGGAGGGUGAACCGGGACCAGAACCUCAGAAAACACACAUCCGUCUCCGAGUGGUUAUUAAUCGUGAUUUAUUGCAAAUAGUAGCCAGGAGGGCAAGUUCCAUUCACUUCCUCAUCUUACAAAGUAGCAGGACGCCCCCCCCGCCCCCCCCGCAACUCCCGUUCUUGUAACUUAUUCUGUCGUCCCCCCUCCCCCCCACAAGGGCUCAGAGAGGAAGAGGAGGGGGGCCAGGCCUCGGCUUUCUUCCUCCUCAGCAGAGGGAUGCUCUGCGCUCCGGCACCGAGGAGGUGGGUUCCUUAGGUGAUGUUUUUUUCCAACCCCGCCCCCCAAAGCCAGCAGAGGCAUGGAAGCAUGUCGGGUUCAGGAGAAACACGUUGUGGAACACAGAGCUUACCCCCUUUUGUAUAACAAAGUCCUUUCUUACUUUUUGAGACUUGGGGAGCCGGCCUGGAGCAGUCAGCUGGGAUCCCGGGAGCCGUUGGACUUGGAAGUAACAAGCAAAUUCUUACCUCAGCCCCCUGCUCACAGAGCCCUGGGUGGACUUGGCCCCUAGGAGUUCAGAUCCGGGCCAAGGUCACUGCCAUCCUCCCUUUGCCCCCGAGAGGACAUCUCCACGUGUCCCGCCUCCCACCUCCGUGGCUGGCGCUGCGUGCUGGAGCCCCCCUCCCGCCCGCUGACCUGGGCUCUGUGAGGUUUGUCCAGCAUGUGCCGCCGUGAAUGCUGGGGUGUCGGGGCGCGCGGCUGCCCCUGCCGAGGGCUGACCCCAGCUGUCCUGCCUCACCCCUGCCACCCUCACCCCUCCACAUCAUGACACCAUCUUUCCAGGCUGGAAGGAAGGGGUGAAACCUGGGGACCCAUCACCCAGCGAGGCCCCCAGAUUCCAAAGCCAGGCAGCCUGGCUGUUCCUUCCACAGAAGUCCCCACCCGCCCACUCCCCGGGGAGUCUGUCCUUUCAUGGAGAAAGCUGUGUCCAACGAAUCCUACCUCUUGCCCAGUCCCAGGCGGAGCUCGCACAGCCCACUCUAGGGACCGAGAAAGUAGAGAGAAGCCACCAAGUGCAGGGAGCAGAACAGCCUGAGACCCUGGUCUCCAUAGCCUUUCUCCACACACCCUGCCCCAGGCUCCGGGAGGGACCCCGGCUCUGGUUCCCGUGCUCACGGCCUCUUACCUGGGGCCGCCCCGGGAGGGGCGGAUGGAGCUGGCCCCCUGCCCCUGUCAUUCUGAGACCUUGCGCUCCAACCAGCCCUGUGUGUUUUGCCAAUUAAGCACCUGUGAAUCCUGUACCUACUACUGGUUUGGGGUUGUUAGUUCGGUCUUUUUUUUUUUUUUUUAAUUAAAUAAAAUGAUUUUUAAAAU